AUGGCCGGCAUUGUGAGCAGCGUGACCGGUCUGCCUCAGAAGCGCUUCUACCGGCAGCGCGCCCACAGCAACCCGCUGGCGGACCAUGUUUUUGUCGACCCGAUCAAGCCAGUCGAUGGCGACUGGUCGCCCGUAUACCCGAUCGUGGCUGAGCCAGAGCACAGCCACCGCCGUGUCGAGUUUCUCGAUGUCGGCUGUGGCUAUGGUGGCCUGCUUGUGGAGUUGAGCGGCAUGUUCCCCGAGACCCUCAUGCUGGGCAUUGAAAUUCGCGUCAAGGUGGCUGACUACGUCAACGAUCGCAUUCGCGCGCUUCGCAUCCAAGAACCUGGAUCUUAUCAGAACGUCGGGGUCAUCCGAACCAAUGCCAUGAAGUUUUUGCCCAAUUAUUUCGCCAAGCACCAACUCUCCAAGAUGUUCUUCCUCUACCCCGACCCACACUUUAAGAAGAAAAAACAUAAAUGGCGCAUUAUUUCCGACACCCUGCUCGAUGAAUACGCCUACGUUUUACGCGAAGGGCGCACGGACCCAAUUGUCCCCAAGCUGUACCAGUCGACGGAAGAAGGCAAGAAGGUUUAUCGCAACAAAGCUGCUGGGGAGAACCACGGUGAUGGAGAUGUUCGACUCGCCGUCUUCCGCCGGAUCGCACGCCCCACGGCCUAG